AUGAGGAAGGUCGAAAAAGUUGAUGACGUUGAAACAUAUAGUGUCGAUGAGAUUCUCGACUCGAGGAGUAUCACAAACACAAAGUACGAAGAGUACAAAGUUCGCUGGCUCGGAUAUGACGAGGAGGCAGAUCAGACUUGGGAGACGCAAGCGCGAAUCGGCGCCCUCAACGAUAUUAUGCAAUUUUGGGAGCAGAAAGCCGAACAUGCUAAGACUAAAAAAACGAAAGACUCUGCGAAAGCCAAACUUCUUCUUUUCAAGCGGUUAUGUGAAGUUACUCCACCAAACGUUCGAUUCUCUCUACAUCAUCCAACAUAUGGAAGUGAUAACGCUAAAGAGAUAAUAAAGAAAUUAUCCGGAUUUGCGUCAGCUGAACAGGUUCUUUGUGAAACAAAUCCUUACGAUGUUGAGUUGCAAGUAGAACGGGUAAACGAAGAGAUCACAAGACAGAGAUAUGGCGAGUUUCUACGCUUGGCCAGGGCAAAGAAAAACGAUCCUGAUCUGCUGCAUCUCUUCAAGCUGCAGGUGGGAAUUGAUUCGUUGCAUAUGGAGGCUCUCAAGCGUUUUCCCACAUUUAGCAUGAAAGCUAAUGGAAUUUGUUUUGAUAUUCAAGCAAAGAUGGGACCUCACUAUCAGAACAAACGGGAAGUCAAGUAUCAGCAAAGCUCUGCAACCACAACUUUUGAACUUUCGGAUGAACAUCUUUCUGCAGAUGAGAACCCAGUUCCAAGUACAUCGCUUCCAGCUUCCUGUCGUGAUGGAAUUGCGCUUUUUUUGUGUAGAACAAUCGACACUGAUCUUGUCCAGUGGGAUCUACGAGUUCAGAAGCAGUUACCCGGAAUGGUCACUGAUAUACCCAAAAAUACUCUGAUUUGUCGAAUUGGAGGCGAAAUUGUGCCAAAAGAGGAAGCCGCUACCGCCUUUCGAGAGCUUGGGGAGUUGGCCAGAAAAGCAUUCGUUGCUUUGCCGCCAAAAAUUUCCAAAACUGAGACAAUCAGCCGAAUCAACUACCGGGAUCCAUCUUUCUUUAUGGCUCACUCAUGCACUCCCAAUUGUUGUGUCAAGUGGGUUCAACGGGAGAAAAACGACAAACUUUUCGACACAUUUGGAUGGAUUGGUGAAGUGAGAACGAGAAACAAGGUCAGUGCUGGUGAUUCCCUUACGUUGAACUGGUAUAAUGGCGCAAGACCAAACAAAUGUGGAUUCAAAGAAUAUCAAAAAGCCUUGGACUCGUUGAUCGAUUCAGCCAUUUGUUUGGAGCCAAAAGGAAAAGAAAUUUGCUGUAAGUUGCUCACAAGAUAUGGCCCGAAAGAUCCAAAGAUUUUCACUGGCGCUAUUAUCGGA